UCCGUUGAAGCGUAAAACAUAAAUUAGCCCCGUCCCCCCUUCUCUCUCCUCUCUUACCCACACUCUGUGUGUUUUUUGAAACGAGAAAGAUAAAACGUAUUAUCGCACUCGAUUUCAACCCAUUUUUUUCCAAAAACUCGCCGGCACUCGGCUGAGACCUAAAGGACAAAUAAAGAAGCAAAAACUAAAGCACAAAACAACCGCUUCCUCUUGCUACGGACGCUUUUCCGAUCAAUCUGAACAUCGAGAAGUUCAUAUACAUUUUUCGAAAACCUUCUGUGUAUAUACAUAGAUAUAUAGGUUACAAUGUCGGAAGAUGAGAAGUUGUUGAAAGAGGCAAAGAAAUUGCCGUGGGACGAGCGAUUUGCGCACAAAAAUUGGAAGGUCCGAAAUGACGCUAACAUUGACCUCGCCGCCGUCUGCGACUCCAUUACUGAUCCCAAGGACCCUCGCCUACGUGAAUUCGGUCCAUUAUUUAGGAAGACGGUAGCGGAUUCCAAUGCGCCAGUUCAGGAGAAGGCUCUUGAUGCUUUGAUUUGUUACUUGAAAGCUGCCGAUGCUGAUGCUGGGAGAUAUGCGAAAGAAGUAUGUGAUGCAGUAGUAGCUAAAUGCUUGACGGGGAGGCCUAAGACAGUGGAGAAGGCACAGAUGGUUUUUUUGCUUUGGAUAGAGUUGGAGGCUGUCGAGGCGUUUUUGGAUGCUAUGGAGAAAGCAAUUAAAAAUAAAGUUGCCAAAGCUGUGGUUCCUGCGAUCGAUGUCAUGUUUCAGGCUUUGAGUGAAUUUGGAGCAAAGAUUAUUCCACCAAAAAGAAUUUUGAAGAUGCUCCCUGAACUGUUUGACCAUCAAGAUCAGAAUGUCCGUGCUUCAUCCAAGGGGCUGACACUGGAACUCUGCCGCUGGAUUUCAAAAGAGACAGUGAAAUCUAUAUUGUUUGAGAAAAUGCGUGAUACAAUGAAAAAAGAAUUGGAAGCUGAGCUUGUCAACGUUACGGGGACUGCUAAGCCAACACGUAAAAUAAGAUCUGAGCAGGACAAGGAGCCAGAGCUGGAAGUGGUUUCUGAUGCAGUUGCUGCUGGCCCUUCUGAAGAAUCUGCUGCAGAGGUUCCGCAGGAGAUAGAUGAGUAUGACCUUGUGGAUCCUGUUGACAUUUUGACCCCUCUGGAGAAGACAGGAUUUUGGGAAGGAGUGAAAGCAGCCAAGUGGUCAGAGCGUAAAGAGGCUGUUGCAGAGCUGACUAAGCUUGCAUCUACCAAGAAAAUUGCACCUGGUGAUUUCGCAGAAAUUUGCAGGACACUUAAGAAGCUCAUCACAGAUGUAAAUAUUGCCGUUGCAGUUGAAGCCAUCCAGGCAAUUGGAAAUCUUGCAAGGGGACUGAGAACACAUUUUUCCGGAAGCUCUCGCUUCUUGUUACCUGUAUUACUGGAAAAACUGAAAGAGAAAAAACCAACUUUGACGGAUGCACUUACUCAAACACUCCAGGCGAUGCACAAAUCAGGGUGCUUAAUUCUCACUGAUAUUGUUGAAGAUGUCAAGACUGCCACGAAAAAUAAAGUUCCUCUAGUGCGAUCACUGACUUUAAAUUGGGUGACAUUUUGUAUUGAAACAAGCAACAAGGCUGUUAUUCUAAAAGCACAUAAGGAAUAUGUUCCUAUUUGUAUGGAGAGCCUGAAUGAUGGAACACCAGAAGUUAGAGAUGCUGCUUUUUCGGCCUUGGCAGCUGUGGCCAAGUCGGUUGGCAUGAGACCUCUGGAAAAGUCGUUGGAGAAACUAGAUGAUGUUAGAAAGAAGAAGUUAUCCGAAAUGAUUGGGGGCUCUGGUGGUGAUCCAGCUUCCACAUCCAGCUCUGGUGCAGUCCCAUCAUCCGGAGGAAUUAUGUCUUCCACCCAGCCUUCAACUGGAUCACUUGUUAAGAGGUCUGCAGCGAGCAUGCUUAGUGGAAAGAAACCUGUCCAGGCCGCUCCUCCUAGUAAGAAAGGGACCUCUGCAAAAUCUGGUACAAGUAAGAGGGGUGAUGGAGCUACUCAGUUAAAGGCAUCUAAGCCUGUUGAAGUUGAAGAUGUUGAGCCUGCAGAGAUGAGUCUCGAAGAGAUUGAAAUUAAAUUAGGCUCCCUUAUACAGCCGGAGACGAUUACUCAGUUGAAGAGUGCAGUGUGGAAAGAGAGGCUUGAAGCUAUUAGUUCAUUCAAAGAACAGGUUGAAGCACUAAAAGAGCUUGACCCUUCAGUUGAGAUUUUGGUCCGCCUGCUCUGUGCUGUUCCUGGUUGGAGUGAAAAGAAUGUCCAGGUUCAGCAGCUGGUUAUUGAUAUAAUUAACCACAUUGCUUCAACUGCAUCAAAAUAUCCAAAGAAAUGUGUUGUCCUUUGCCUUCAAGGAGUAAGUGAAAGAGUAGCUGACAUUAAGACUCGUGCUCAAGCCAUGAAAUGUCUCACUACAUUUUGUGAAGCUGUUGGUCCAGGUUUUGUUUUUGAGAGACUUUAUAAAAUUAUGAAAGAGCACAAGAACCCUAAGGUUCUUAGUGAGGGCAUAUUGUGGAUGGUUACUUCACAUCUUAAACUAAAGGAUUUAAUUGAUUUCUGCAAAGAUACUGGCUUACAAUCCAGCGCCGCUGCCACAAGAAACGCAACCAUUAAACUUAUUGGUGCUUUACACAAGUUUGUUGGUCCAGAUAUCAAA